AUGGCUACACAGUCAUCGGCCGCAGCUGUUCGGCUGCAAUGUCGCUCAGAAAAGCAUACUGAAAACACUGUUGGUCUAGCACCAGGCUACGUUCAAUGUAACCUUAUGGUCCUCCCUAUUGAGUAUGCCGCCGACUUCAUCUCGCUGUGCGAGCGCAACCCAGUUCCCUUCGCUUUGUUGGCGACCUCGCGCACCACAGGUGACCCGCAUACGCUUUCAGACACUAGGUUAAUUAAAGCGGGUGCUGAAUCUGGGGCCGGCGAUUCUGCAGUGCCUUUAUUGGAUCUCCGCACCGAUCUCCCGAGAUACAACGUAUACUCCUGUGGGUCUCUCAUUGACACCCCGAACAACGUGAAGGAUUAUUGGACCGAGUCCCACACGGCGUUUAUCAUGGGUUGUAGCUUCAGUUUUGAUUCUGCACUUGUCGCCGCGGGGCUUCCGCCUCGGCACGUUGAAGCUGGUUGCAACGUUACUAUGUACACAACUACUUACAAGCUGCACCCUGCAGGUAUCUUUACUGAAGGGACAAUGGUAGUGAGCAUGCGUCCGUACAAGGAAUCAGACAUACCACGAGUACGUGCUAUCACAGGCCGUUUUAGUCGAACCCAUGGGGAACCAGUAGACUGGGGCUGGGACGCACUGGAACGACUUGGCAUCAAGAAUCUAGAAAAGCCGGAUUUUGGAGAUGUUGUCGGGGUGCGACGGGAGGAAGGGGAAGUCCCCGUAUUCUGGGGGUGCGGGGCGACUCCUUCGCUAGUUAUUAAGUUGGCGGGAGACAAAAUUGAAGGCCAUGUAAUUACGCAUAUCCCUGGGUUUUCUCUACUCGUAGACAUGAAGGAUGACGAAGUCUAA